UCCAUUUUCAUUUUUUAAACACAACAUUCGUCCCAUUUUCUGAAAAAGGAGAAAAAUAAAUUUUAAUUUAGACAACAAAAAGUAAUAAUGGCUGGAGGAAUUGGUUUUGUUUUGAGUUUCAUUGCUGUUGUUUUUGUUCACCAUGCCGCCGCCCAGAAGGUGCACGUCGUCGGUGACGCUACCGGUUGGACGAUCCCACCAGCAACUACUUUCUACUCAGAAUGGGCUGAUAAAAACACAUUUGCUGUUGGCGAUUCUCUCUCAUUUAAGUUCACGACUGGAUCACAUGAUGUACUUAAAGUAUCGAAAGAAUCCUUCGAAGCAUGCAGCACCGAUAAAGGUAUCGGCAGUCCCCUCACGACCGGCCCUGCAACCGUGAAACUUGACACUGCUGGCGAGCAUUACUUCAUUUGUUCCGUUGGUAAACAUUGUUUGGGAGGUCAAAAGUUAGCCGUCACCGUGUCCGGCUCUGGUACUCCAGCUGGUGGUGCAGUUUCCCCUUCUCCAAGCACAACUGAGGAGCCAUCGAAAACUCUAGCUCCUGCAAAUUCUCCGUCCUCGUCAGUGCCUAAAGUCGGUGACGAACCUUCUGCAAAUUCACCGUCGUCGUCCUCAUCAGUACCCAAGGACGCUGAAUCUCCUGCAGCUCCAGCACCUUCUUCCUCUACUGUUGUGAUGGCUACUGUUUAUGUCACUUUGUCCGCCAUUGUUAUGAACUUGUUGUUCUAAAUGAGGAUUUUACAUGACACUACCUUUUUUUUCUUUCCCCUUUUUCAUAUUUAUUUAUAAGUAAAGGUGGGGCUGUUGAUCAUUUGUUCUAUUUAGUUUGUUGUGAAUGGCAGACUGUGAUGAGAUUUUCUUUCGGUUCUGUAUUUAUUCCCAAACUUUCUUUUCGUUUUAAUAUAUUUCAUUCAAGGUUUUGUUC